UGCUUGGAUAUAUAGUAUGUGUUAGAGCUCAAACGGGGGAGGUAGUGCGUUUGUAGUAAGAGCCAAGGCAAAAAGAACCCGUAUGUCGGAAGCAACGUGCAGUGCUGCUCCUUGUCCGAUGCCAGUUGCAGGUGGAGAUGUGUAACGUCGUCUUGAUGCUGACUGAUGCAACCAAAACCACAAUAAGGUGAUGCUCUCUGACGGUCGUCUUUUACUAUUAAACCAAAAGGUGCGAUGGCGCUGAUACGGCUCCAAGCGAUUCCUGCACUGCUAUGUCACAAAAACCAAUUUCUUAUCAUAAAUCUCAUAAUACUGUUGAUGUUUUCAUCAGGUUACUCUAAUGAAUGCAAUGAUACCGUUCCAUGUGGUUGGAAAGCUUGGUGCAAUAAUAACUCCUGUAGCUGCCUUAACAACAACUCAGUUUUGCAUGACAACAAAAGAGAUUGCAGAAAAGAUGGAUGUGAUCAUAUAUCGAAUUGCCUAGAAUGUAAUGCUGAAAAUAAAUGCAUUCGCUGUGUUAAUUUUAUCGACGAAACUACUCAUACCUGUUUGGACAGCUGUAACGGAGUUUCUCAAGUUUCUCUGCACGGACCUCUGCAGGGUAUUCUUUGUAAUGAAUCUCUAAUCAACACGAGUCUAUGGAUCGGUUUAGGGGCUGGUUGUGGUGCUGGCAUCAUACUCUGCCUGCUGGUUCUACUGGCUGUGUUUGCCUGCAAAAAAAAGAAAAAGCAAAGUGCAAACUUUCAAGAAAACCUAAAAAGCAGACAUCUUCCAAAUGAAAAAAUUAGGAAGAUACCAGUGUUCGACAAUAAGGGCUAUGCAAUCACGUCGGCUUCUUCAACCACCACUACUACAACCACCACCACCGCCGCCGCCACCACCCCCACCACAACCACCACCGCUGCUGCCGCCGCCGCCACUACCACCACCACCACCACCACCACCGACGACAACGACGACAACAACUCCGACACCAAUGCAACUACGAACUCACCAGAAACGGAAGAGGUCAACAUUUCAGAUAGCUGCGUCAUUGAUGAACAAGUCUACUUUUACAAACUCGAGAAAAUGCGACCUCACAAAAAAACCCUAGAAGAGUUGCUAAGUCAGGUGCGGACACGUUUGCGAGCUAUGAAUUCAGAUGAUACACGAGUACCUACUUACAAGGGUGUAAUCAACCAACUGUGUAGGGUCCUUGGACUUUUGAAUAAAAAUGAGCUCAACAACAGUGUUCCAGCUGAUGCUUUAGGGCUUCUUGAAUGGGCUAAACAGAUGCUCAAUGACUACUAUGAACUGAGGCAGCAAGAUUCUUCUACUUCUUCUGAGGCACCACGUGCUGAGAUUUCAUCCGUUGAUGUCCAGCCGAUAUAUGCAAUUCCCCAUGAUAGUUGUCAAGAUGCUGUCCGUAUAGCUACAGACAAUAAACCCUCAACGUUAGCCAACCAUAGUGCUCCAAAAGCAGUAGGAACUGCUGAUAGCGGAUACUACAGUAGUGUAUCGAUUCCUUAUUUCAACAGUCAUCAACCAAACAAACCGAGCAAGCCGCCAGCCUAUUUAAAGAAAAAUAAGCGCCAUCUGAAUGGCUAUCAUGUAAACGACAAUAAUGACCGUGCAAACAACAUUUAUACAUGUGCCAGCUCAUACAGUGAAAGAAGUGGUAAAUGUAUGUCAACGUUUAUCAAAGACGACAUUUCUUACGUCAGCGAAUGUUCUGAAAGAAGUUCCAACAGCAGCGCUGGGGCUUCACCAGAAGGGCUUCCAUUCAACAUGAAGGAUGCAACUGAACCCAUCGAAGUUUGAAACGAAGAUUUUUUUUGAAGUUCUGAAUUUUUUUUUCCUUUCUCGUUUUUCUUUACCAUUAAUUUGUCUUCCCCCCUUCCUCCCCCCACCUUCUUCACAUUCUUCACUCCCCUGACCACCACGACCACCACCCCAACCCAUCCCUUGUAUACAUCGAACUAUGCAUAUUUCACCCUCACCACCACCACCACUACCACAAGACCUGAAACAUACAUACUCAGUUGUUCUUUAAUUUGUAAACCUUCCUUCCUUCCUUUCUUUCUUUCUUUCUUUCUUUCUGAGCAUGUGUGCUUGCAUACGCACACACACACACACACACACCACACCUGUUGUUGUUUCCUCUUAACUUUGGGGCAAAUAUCAAUGUAUUUGAUUUUUUUAUUUGGGAGAAAAACAAUUGUCUCACUUUUAUACACACACACACACACACACACACACACACACACACACACACACACACACACACAUGUGUAUGUGCAUAUUCUCCAAUAUGGCUUUAACUUGUAACUGAAACCAAUAAAAUAUAAUUAAAUGCAUACAUUCAUGUAUAUAUAUGUAUGUAUAAUAUAUACAUAUAUAUAUAUGUGUGUGUGUAAUUAGAUAUGUACAAGCACAUGCAUACUCAUGAAUACAUUAUAAGCAUACAUGCAUGCACACAGCUAUAUAUGUAUAUAUAUAUAUUUAUAUAUCUAUAUAACCCAUACAUAUAUACAUGUAUAUAUAUGUGUGUGUGUGUGUGUGUGUGUGUGUAUUUAUUGAUUUAUUUAUUCAUUAAUCUUACUCAGAUUUGUUAAAGAAACAUGAACUUUUUAUUUUUAUUUUUUACUCCCUUUGUACUUUGUAUUUUUAAAAAUAUUGCCUGAAAUCUGAAUUUGUAAAAAUUUCUAAAUUUCUAAAAUAUAUCGCAACCAGUUUAAAUUAUCGAAUGGCAGUGACCAUGACUAUUUGCAUAUUUUGUAUCUUAGACCGUCUAAAAUUAUUAUCAAGUAAGGAGUUGGUUUUUUUUUUUUGCCCCCUAAACUAGAAUUAUUUCAUUGAAAUGUAUAUAUUUUUUCUUCUUCAAAAAUUAAGCCCAAAUUCUUAUCAUUCUUACAGUAAUUUGGUUACAAGAGAUAAUAAUUUUCUUUUUUUCCUUUUUUGUCUUUCUGCGAAAUUAAAUUAAGUAGGAAACAUCUACAAUUGAAUCCAUAUAAAUACUUGCAAAGACAAAAUGGUGAAUCCUGUGAAUGGUUUCGUCACACUUUCUUUGCUCAUAUUUCAGUAAAAAUGCUUCAUAUAAUUAAUUAUUCUACAAGAUCUUACUAACAUAUCAAUAUAUUUUAUAAAUAUAUUUUCUGUUGAGGUGGGGGUUUUAUUUUUCCUCAUAGAAAGAAGGGGUAAAAAAUAUAUUCAGCUGAUCUUCCUCCAUUAUAAAGAAAAAAAAUUUUACAUCUGGUCAAAUACUGCUAAAAGAGAAAACCAUUUUGUCUUUUAUUUUUAUUUUAUUCUAACCAAAUGUAUAACAAAACCCUAUUCUACACCCUCCUUUUUUUUUUUUUAGAAUUUUUCUUUCAAUUUUUUAUGAUAUGAGCUCUGUAUUGUCUGUAAUGAAUCCAACCUGAGGGCUUGUUAACCUUUUGCCUGUUGGCAUCCAUGCAUCAUAUAUGAUACAUGUCCCAGUUUUUUUUCAUCCACCAGAGCAACUUGGGUUUUAUGAAAGGAAAGCUUUAUAUUACAAAGAGCAUAUGAGAGAAGGGUUAAGUAAAACUCCGAAGACAAGCAUGGACAUUUAGGGACAAACUUAUGAAAAUGCUUUGAACAGGCAAAAGGUUAAAUUAAAAUUAUCUGAAUAGGGCUAUCGAUUCAAAGAUCUUAAUUUCAAAUUUGUACAACAACAGGUAUUUUAUUGUGUAAUUUGGACAGUACAAUUAACUCUACAUUGCCUCAGUUUUGCCUAGCUUUCAGAAUUACAUACCAGAUUAUCAAGGAAUAUUAACCUAUAAUAAACAAACUGGUGGCCCCUUUUGGGUAUGGAGGGUUUUAUUUCUUAUCUUCUUAAAACUGUAUAUCUGAAAGUUAAGCACCUACCACUUAAACAGCAUCCUUCUCCUUCACUUGAGAGCUUGAGAGACCCUUACAUUUACAUACUCUCUCUAUUAGUUAAAAUAUACAAUAUGCUUGUUGAGUAUUCAGAUUUAUUACUACGUUAUUACACACACAUUCAUUCUUCAUUCAUUAUUGUUAACCUACACCAGGGAGUCUCUGUGAGGUUGCUAAAUCUGCAAGAAAUAGAGCUGAAUUUCCCUCAAAUCACACUCAUCUGUCAUUAAAAAACAAACUGGAGACAUGUCUAUCCAAGAUUAUAAUCCUGGAUUAUACCUUUAACAUAUGACAGGAUGAUCAUGGCUGGAAUACCUUUGAUCAUAGAUCAAGGAUUUUCAACAUGGAAUGCAAAUUGGUCACCUAUGAAACUUGCCCAAAGCACAGUUCCUAAGGCUCAAGUUCAUCACCAAAAAUUUCAAAUAUCAAGUUAAUUUAAAUUACAGUCAUUCUGUCACUUGAACCUCAAACUUCAGAAUAGGGCAACCACAACAGCAUCAUGACUUUGCCUGAUCAGGGCUGACCUAGGGCUAAACAGCAGCAGCAGCAAUAACAAUUACUUUCAAACCAAUGAAGGAGCCUUUGUGUCAUCAUAGAAGCUCUUUUAUUGGUUUGACAACUUGUUUGAAAUAGCAACCAAAUCUUCCAUAAAUCACAUCCUACUCUCUUAAAAAUUGAAGGAUACAUUGAAUAAUGUAGUCCAAGGUAUACAAAACAACAGGGAUGGUCGUGGCUGGAAAGCUUUUGAUCAUAAGUAUGUUUGAUCAAGAUUGAGCUAGAGCUUAACAACCGCUGGCGGUGACCCCUUUCUUCCAUCAUUAAACUCCUAUUUCUGCUUGGCGGUGUGACCUGCUGCCUCCUUCAGUUAUGUUCAGACAGCCCCUAAUUAAUUAGCUAGUUGCAAGUGUGUUUGGUAUGUGUCUACCUGAGAAAGUAUAUGAUGAUAUCAAACGGGUGUUUGCAAGAACCUAAAGAGGCUUGAUUUGUACUUGUGGACUCACCUUGGCCUACAAGCAAUUCCUAGUUCUCACCACCAUCACCAUCAUCAUCAUCAUCAUAAUCAUCAUCAUCAUUGCCAUCAUCAUGAGCCAACUCAACAAUGGAGGACUUCCACACUGUCACUCAACCUGCUCCAAAUAGCAGCCAGGUUUCCAUUGAAUCACACCCUACCAUUUUGAAUAAGGAAAGGGCACAUUUUAGAUAACAUAGCCCUGUAAACCCCUUAAAAUAUGGGUUGGUCAUGGAGCAGUGAAGCCUUUGUUUAUAGGGCUGCUCCGUCAGGAUUGACAUAGGGCUAAGCAACAACAACAACAACAACAAUAGCAACAUCUAUAAAACAUGCAAUGACAAGAUAUCAAUUUUGUCAUAUGUAUCAUGAGCCUUGCUUGUUCAUUGUACAAAGAUUUUGUAUCAAUUGGUAUAACAACAAAAACAAUUAUUAUUAUUAUUAUUAUUAUUAUUAUUAUUAUUAUUAUUAUUAUUAUUAUAAUGAUAAUAAUAACUAGGCACUGAGCCAAUUUCAAAGAAGAGCGGGUUUAGUUAAUUGGAUUAACCUUAAUAUUUUGUAAAAAACUAACAUUGUGUGUCGGUUAAUUAUCUCUGGUUUAAUUAAUUAACAGAAGAGGAAAAUUUAUUAUUUUAACAUUAAACGUAAUAGAGACAUGAGGAGGA